AUGUUUCAAUUUUUCAUCACUUUAAAGUACCUUCAAAACUCAAGUCCUCCAAGAAACUAUGCCAAAAAUCGUCAAGCAAGAGUCUUUGGGAGUGCCGCCUCCACCUCCAACCACACCGACUCGCUUCUCCGUGGAGAUGGAGAAAAUGAAGAAAAAAACCCGGUCCUUCAAAGACAGGAAGCUUUUGAUAUAGAUGAUAAAGAAAAUGAGAAAGAAUUCGACCUUUGUAAAGAAGUCGAGAGGAUUGAAAUUGGAAAAGAGGAGGAGGAGAAGGCGGAGGCAGAUGAAGGAGACGAGGACUUUGGGAAAGUUUGA